UUGAAAAACUGACCCUUAAUUUUUACGUUCAAUUAGCUGUAGGCUUAUUUGUUAUUAUCAAUGUAAAAUAAUUUAUUAAAUUGAAUGUAGGUUACCUGUCAUUUCUUCUGAAAUUUAAAAUACAUAGACUUAACCAAAAAAAAUCUUCUGUAUUUUACCUAAAGUAAAUUUACUGAAGUAUCAAUCAACAAAAUGAGUGAAGAAAAUGAAUCAGCUACGGCGAAGUUGGAUGAAAUAGGAAAAAUAAUAACACAAGUUCAGGAACAAAAUAGCAAAGUGAAAGCAAAUUUAAGAGAACUGAAAAAAAAAAGUGAAAGCAUCGAAAAGAGAAUAAACGUCGAAAUCGAUAAGAACAAUGAGAUGAUCAGCAAAGCCCAGGAACUGGGGGAUGACCAGAAGAAACUCGACCAGUUAAUCACCGACCAGAUGAAUAAGAUUUCUGAAAAGUUUAAAACUCUAGAACGGGUCGAGCAAGAGCUACUAGAAAAAGAACAAACUAUACAAAAUUUAAUAAAAGAAAAAUUCGUAACAUCCUAA